UCUGUCACGUCCAGUUGAUGGUUCAUAUAGAGUCACUAUGGAAUGCAGAAACACCUUCACACCCAUGUCCAUCCUCAUACAAGAAACAAAGGUGAUCAGUCAUAUUGUUUGCCUUUAUUGAUAAUACCUCUCUAGUGUCUUAUGCAGAAUGUGUUCCCACCUUGCACCUGGUGUUCUUGGGACUGCGUCUGGAUCCACUGCCCCACCCUGACGAGGAUAAAGUACGUAUUAAGAUGACUGAUUUCGUGAACUUAUUAAUAAUAGUUUUUAACGUCACGUUAUUGUUAUAGGAUGGUGCUGAACAUUUUUGCAUCCAAAAGGUCUAUUCAGAUUGGAUUCAUUUAUCAGAGCAAUGUUUGUAAAAAAAAAAAGUUAUUUAUGUAUUUAUUUAUUUUUAUCACGUCUCCUGUGAUGGAGUAGGAGGAGCGAGUUUCUAGUGGGCUGUAUUUUCUACUAACCUGGAUGUUUGUGUCACAUGGCCAGUCCCUUACGUAUCUAAUGUUAAAUGCUGAUAAAUGAAUAACUCUAAGAGGGUAACGAUAUAGACUAUUCAGUUAUUUUUAGCAUUCAUUUGUCAGCAUUUAACAUUAGAUAUUUAUGGAGCUGGUAGUGAUGCAACUAGCCAUUAUUUAUAGAAAGCUAAAAUUUGAUGUCGUUGUGUAUAUGUGAAUAUAAAGUAAUGCUUUAUUCCAGUAGUUGCUGUUAUUUAAGUAGCCUCGCCUUUUCUUCAUGAUUUUGUUUUCUUUCUCCUCCACAAAAUGCUUCCCCAAGUAACGUGUGUAGUCGAGGGUUUACUUCCCAGACCAAGUUUUCGUUUUGCAAGUAGCAGCAGUUUAAAAAAAAAAAAAAAAAAAAGCAAAGAACUUUUUCUGUCAAAUGCAAGGCGUCAGCUGCAUAGAAAAUCACGGGCAUGUGUAGCCGUACAGGAUUAAAAUGAUCAGACAGCCGCUGAGCUUGGAGAAAAACAGUAGGUCAUUUGGCCUGUAAUUUUCUCAGAUGGGGAUGGGCAGAACCACAGACGUGGCCGAUCCACGUGUAAAUAAAAUCACAGAGUAGCUCGUGUAAAAUCGGAAAUUACUCCAUAUGAAUUUAUUUCUGUCCGAAAAGGGCAAUAGUCUGUAAAUAUUAGAGGUGUAGUGCAGUUACAUCCCUAGUAAAUAUAAGAUCACAUACGAUAAAACUACUAUGUAAGUAUUUUCUCAGUAAGUUACCUUUUUAGUUUUACCUUUAAUUUAAGAUUGACUGUUGGGUAGUUUAUGUACCACUGCUGUUUGGUGAGUGAUGAGUUGCUAUGUGUGGUGCUUAUAUGAUACUUGGGAUGCUCAUGUUUCUCAGGUUUCAUUGGCAGCAGAUGUACGUUACACCUGAGUGACACACACACACAGGCAGAAGGAUACAAAGCCGCUCUGCCUUCCAUCACCAUGGUAACCUGAACCUUCGCCAGGGGUUCGAUUUCCACUCGGUGAGCACACAGUCAUCCUUAGCAUUGAAAACACAGGACUGCAACUAUUAAAAGUGGACAUAAGUAGGUGAAGGCGAGAGGUUUGUUUCGAAUCGUUUCGGAAAGCUGUAUAAAGAAGCAUUUUUGACGUCUCUUCCUUUCUCUCAGCAUGACCGAGGGAGGCGUUCGUGUACCGUCCGGGCAGCUGAAAGUCAGUGCCCUCUCGGACGAGCGAGUGGACUUUGUGAAGGAGCAGGUGUUCACGGCUCUGCGGCUGAAGACGGACAAGUGGAACCGCUUCAUCGGAGCAGAGGAGAACCAGAAGGCUUUGCUUGACUUUCUAGAUCAGGGCUGGGGCGAGCGCCUCAUUCUGUUUACGGGGCCGGGAGGGACGCUGCACGUAGGAGACGAACAGAGCUCGUCUCCGUGGAGGACCAAGCUGCUGUGUUUGCUGAAGAAACCCGGCCGUGGCGUUUCCAGAACCUCCUUUCGUUCCCAGCUGUGGCUCAGCGAAGUUCCGGCACAGCCCCUGGAUCACGCGCCCGUCCUCGUCGGCCAGGUUCUGCUGUCAGUCCUGGCAAACCCUAUGAAUCAAACAGGCUGGCCACGAGUGUUGGGCCAGGACAUACGCAAGCAUCUGGAGCAGCUGCGCAGUCGGGCAGUCACACUGCGCGGUCGUGCUCAGGGACGAACGCUGCUCCCCCUGCCUCUGAGUGUGGACAGGAGAGAUGAGCAGCAGCUCAGCUCUGAUUUGUGUCUAAUAGACCGGGCUUUGCUGUAUGCUAUUGAGACCAUGGUGGUAGAGUGGAGUCAGCAGAUGGGCUCUGUGCUGCAGCGUGACUCUUCUCAGCUCCUGCGUCAGGGGGACCACGUGGGCCCCACGGCGGAGCUGCACUUCUGGACUCAUCAAAAAGAAAAUCUGCAGGGAAUUCAGAAACAGCUGCGAAAUCCGAAAGUUGACCAGGUGCUUGAGAUUCUGCAAAGGAUCCACAGCAGUUAUUACACUUCUUUCCAUGACAUCAUCCAGAAAGUAAACUAUGCGGUGGUGGAGGCGGAGGACAUCGACCUGCACCUGAAGCCCCUGCGAAAGCUCAUUGUGGCAUUUGAGGAACGGAGCUUCACCAACCUGGAGCCACUUUUCCCAGCUCUCUUUCACACACUCGCUCUCAUCUGGACGCACUCGCACUUUUACUGCUCCCCACCACGCAUGGUCACGCUCCUUACUGAGUUCUGCAACCUGCUCGUUGACAAGGCGAUGGUGUAUCUGAUCCCAGAGGAGCUUUUUAAGAUGGAGCUGGAGGAGGGUGUAGAUCGUGUGCAGCGGACGCUGCAGGUGUUUCGGGCAUUUAAACACACUUUCCAGCAAUACAGAGACAGACUGAGCCCAAUGGGGCCUUACAGUCAGCCGGGACGCGCUGUCAAACCCUGGGAUUUUCCCUCGCAGAUCAUCUUCCAGCGCACUGACCGUAUCAAUGAGCGGUUGCUCAUGAUUGAGGAGUUGUUUGCGUCAGCGUUGGACUUCCUGAAGCUGGAACGCGUGGAGUUGGGGGGCUCCAGAGGAAAGAUUCUCAGUGCGAUGGUUUACAGAAUGAAUGACGAGUUUCAUGACAGCUGGAGAAUCCUCAGGGAAAGCAAAUAUGACCCUUUGGACUAUAGUAAAGAGGAGUUUGUGAGAGACUACAGUCGCAUCGUGGAACAGAAUCAUGACUUUGACCAGCGACUGGGGACAGUGUUGAGCCUGGCCUUCCAACACUCUUCCAGCCUAGAGUCAGCCUUCAAGUUACUGCAGAUCUUUGGCACUCUGUUGGAGAGGCCGAGGGUUCACCAGCUGUUUGCACCAAACUAUUCCCUCCUUCUGACUAUGUUUCAGGAGGAGGUCAAUAUCUGCCAGCAUAUACUAGACACCCACAGAGAGAGGAUGCAAAAUGGCUGCCCAGUUCUCAGUAAAAACAUGCCACCUGUAGCUGGAAACCUGAAAUGGUCACAAGAACUCAGAGAGAGAAUUCUGAGCAACCGCAGCAACCUUAACCACCUCACACACAUGCCGUUAGACAGUCCUGAGGCGGAACAGGUGUUGCGAGCAUGUGAGUGUGUCUUAGAAGUCCUCGAUCAGCUGGAUGAAGAAGCGUUCACUACCUGGUGUGUGGGAUUGGAUGAACUCUGCCACACACACAUGAAUGAACCGCUGCUCUCGCUGGAUGAGGAGAGUGGGCUGUACCAUGUCAACUUUAACCCUGCGUUGACUGCGGUGUUGAAAGAGGUGAAGUAUCUUGGGCUCCUGAGGAAUCAUGACAUACCCAAAGCUGCACUGCACCUCUACUCCAAACAAGAGACACUCUGCAUGUACACUACCACACUCUCUCAGGUCACACAGUGGUACAAUAAGCUCCACAGCACUAUUCUGGAUGUUGAGCUGCGAUUGGUGGAAACAGAGAUGGAGGCAGUGAGAUGCACUCUAAGCCCCGCCCUCAAGGACCUUAGGUGGAGUCAGGAGGAGCUCUGGGAUUACAUCAAAAGCACACGUGAUCUGGUGCACGGCAUAUCUGAGCGAGUACAGAAGAGCCAGGCGAACCUGGAAACUGUACAGGGACUGAUGGGAGUUUUCAGCCAGUCGGCUUGUGUUACACGCAGGAGCAGUCUCCGCGGGGACCUUCUCUACAUGGCAGAUGUGGAGGAAAAGUUCAAACAGCAGUACAGGCUCGUCUCUGAAACAGGAGAGAGAAUACACACACUUGUACAGGAAAACGCCGUUCUCUUGGGCGCUGAUGUCGACUCCGAGUCAUGGGAGGCUUACACACAGCAUGUGGACCGCAUGGUUCUGGGAGGAUUCUGCAGUGCUGUGCGCUGUUCUGUACAGUACCUAGUCGAUAACACAGACUCUGCUCUGCGCAUAGCACCACUGUUCGAGGUCCAGCUGACCCUGACCUCGGAUAUGACCUUUCACCCCUCGCUUGACCUCUCCAAGACAGGCAACUUCUAUCACAUCAUUGACAAGAUGGUGGCUGAUAUAUUCAGAAUGGCUUCCUACAUGAAUAGAGUUGCCAAGCACAAAAAAGCAGAGACCUACGAGGUGGAUAUCACUCGGGUUCCAGAGUUGUGCGACUUGGCUCAGCUGAUUCACACCCGUGCCCGAGCGGCCAUUUCUAAGGUGAAAGAGUUUCAGAACUCAUUCAGCUCUUAUCGCUACCUGUGGACUGGAGACAGGGCAGAGUUUAUGAGACAGUUCCUGCUCUACGGCCACGCCCUCUCGGCCGAGGAGGUGGAGCUGUACGCUGAUUACGAGCUCACCAAGAAUCCGCCCAAACUGGACAACUUCAAAGAGCAAAUCAGCGAGUUUGAGAGUCUGUAUGACGCGGUGCAGGCGUUGGAGGAGAAGACAGUUUUCUGCGGCUGGUGUCAGGUCGACAUCAAACCAUUUAAAAUCUCCCUCAUGAACACCAUCAAGAAGUGGAGCUGGAUGUUCAAAGAGCAUCUGCUCAACCAUGUCAACGACAGUGUGCAGGACUUGUCGAGCUUCAUCGAGAACGCCGAGCAUGGUUUAGGGAAGAACGUGAAGGAUGGAGAUUACGCUGGUCUGGUGGACAUCAUGAGUCACCUGAUGGCGAUCAGAGACAGACAGCAGAACACCGAGCAGCAGUUCAAACCUCUCAAAUCUACUUCAGAUCUGCUGAAGACCUACAGCCAACAGCUGCCGGAGCAUGUCUAUGCCCUGCUGGAGGAACUGCCUGAAAAAUGGAAGAAUCUGAAGAAAGUGGCCUUCACUGUAAAACACGAGGUCGCACCUCUGCAGUCCAACGAGGUUGCCGUCAUCCGAAGGAAGUGUGUCCGCUUCGAGAUUAAACAGCACGAGUUUCGGGAGCAGUUUCGUACGGAGCCCAUCUUCAGCAUCAACAAUGAUGAACCAUACAAACUCAUUGACAAGACCAAUCGUGCAGUGGCUCAUUUGGAAAACGAGAUGUGCAAGCUGCAGGAAACCGCCAAGCUGUUCGAGGUCGGCUUCCCGGACUACAGACAGCUCCGCCAGUGCCGAUCUGACAUCAUCCUCCUCAAAGCGGUGUGGGAUAUGGUCAUCUUUGUCAAAUCCAGUAUCUUGGACUGGAGGAAGACACCAUGGAAAGAAAUCAACGUGGAGCAGAUGGACAUGGAGCUCAGGAGGUUUGCUAAGGAGAUGAAGACACUAGAUAAGGAGGUGCGUGUGUGGGACGUCUACGCCGGUCUAGAGUCUACCGUUAAAAACCUGCUGACGUCACUUCGGGCUGUUAAUGAACUGCAGAACUCGGCAGUUCGAGAGCGACACUGGCAGCAGCUCAUGCACACAACCAGGGUGAGCUUCAUGAUGGAUGAGAACACCACUCUGGGUGAUCUGCUGGAGCUUCAGCUGCACCGUGUGGAAGAAGAAGUGAAGAACAUUGUGGACAAAGCGGUAAAAGAGAUGGCCAUCGAGAAGGUUUUGGCUGAGAUCAAACAGACGUGGUCUACGAUGUCUCUGUCGUACGAGACUCACACCAGCACUGGAACUCCUCUACUGAAAGCCGACGAGAACCUGAUUGAGACCCUGGAGGAUAAUCAGGUGCAGCUUCAGAAUAUCCUGAUGAGCAAGCACGUGGAGUACUUCCUGGUGGAGGUGAGCGGCUGGCAGCGGCGGCUGAUGCUGGCAGACCUAGUGAUUGGUACCUGGCUGGGAGUGCAGCGCACCUGGGCUCACCUGCAGAGCAUCUUCACCAACUCGGAGGACAUCCGUAACCAGCUGGCACACGAUGCCGAGCUUUUUCAAGGCAUCCACCUCGACUUCCAGGAGUUGAUGAUGAAAGUUGUGGAAACUGCAAAUGUGAUUGAAGUCACGAACCAGCCAGGCUACCUUGAGAAACUUGAGGCUCUGCAGCAAAGGUUGUCUGUAUGUGAAAAAGCUCUGGCUGAGUAUUUGGAAACAAAGCGUCUGACGUUUCCGAGAUUCUACUUCGUCUCCGCUGCUGAUCUGUUGGAGAUUGUUUCCAAGGGAACACAGCCCAGACAGGUCACACGGCACCUGUUGAAGCUCUUUGAUAACCUGGCUGAUCUGAAGUUCAGAGAUGAGGGAGAAGAGGAGGGAAGGGUAGAGGUUGCAGUGGGGAUGUACAGCAGAGAGGGGGAGUAUGUGCCGUUUUCUGAGUCGUGCGUGUGUGAGGGACAGGCCGAGUGUUGGCUGAGUAGGUUGGAGCUGGCCAUGCGCUCCACAGUGAGGCACGAGAUCUCAGAAGCCGUGGCAGCAUAUGAGGAUAAAGCACGUGAUCAGUGGCUCUUUGACUAUCCUGCACAGGUGGCAUUGACGGGUAGUCAGAUUUGGUGGGCGAUGGAUGUUGGAAUUGCCUUUGAAAGGGUGGAGGAGGGUUUCGAGACGGCGCUGAAAGACUACAAUAAAAAACAGAUCCUCCAGCUGAACUCUCUGAUAAACAUGCUGCUAGGCGAGCUGAGCCCUGGUGAUCGCCAGAAGAUCAUGACACUUUGUACCAUUGAUGUUCAUGCUCGUGAUGUGGUGGCCAAGCUUAUCUCUCAGAAGGUGACGAACGGCCAGGGGUUUGCCUGGUUGUCUCAGUUACGCCAUCGCUGGGAUGAACAGCAAAAGCACUGCUAUGUCAACAUAUGUGAUGCCCAGUUUCAGUUCUCCUAUGAAUACCUGGGUAACACCAACCGACUGGUUAUAACACCACUCACUGACCGAUGCUACAUCACACUGACUCAGUCUCUCCAUCUCACAAUGAGUGGCGCCCCCUCUGGCCCUGCUGGCACAGGAAAGACGGAGACCACCAAGGACCUGGGUCGCUCGCUCGGCAUUAUGGUCUAUGUGUUCAACUGCUCAGAACAAAUGGACUACAAGUCCAUAGGUAAUAUCUAUAAGGGUCUGGCUCAGACAGGUGUUUGGGGCUGCUUUGACGAGUUCAACAGGAUCUCUGUGGACGUUUUGUCUGUGGUCGCCGUACAGGUCAAAACCAUCCAAGAUGCUAUUCGCAACAAGAAGCAGAGGUUUUACUUCCUUGGGGAGGAGAUUGAGCUGAGGCCAACCGUGGGGAUCUUCAUUACUCUAAACCCGGGAUAUGCUGGUAGAGCAGAACUGCCCGAGAACCUGAAAGCGCUCUUCAGGCCAUGCGCCAUGGUGAUUCCUGAUUUUGAGUUGAUCUGUGAGAUCAUGCUGGUGGCAGAGGGAUUUAUAGACGCCCGUCUGCUUGCACGCAAGUUCAUCAGCCUGUACACGCUCUGCAAAGAACUGCUCUCUAAACAGGAUCACUAUGACUGGGGUCUACGGGCGAUAAAGUCAGUGCUGGUUGUUGCUGGGUCGCUGAAACGGGAAGACAAGAGUUGUCCUGAAGAGCAGGUGUUGAUACGCGCUUUACGGGAUUUCAACCUGCCGAAGAUUGUCACGAGUGACGUGCCGAUAUUCCUGGGUCUGAUCAGUGAUUUGUUUCCUCUGUUGGAUAUUCCGCGUAAGAGAGACCUGCAGCUGGAGCAGCACGUCCGUCAGGCAAUCAGCGAGCUGCGGCUGCAACCUGAGGAGAACUUUAUCCUCAAGGUGACUCAGUUAGAAGAGCUGCUUGCUGUGAGGCAUUCUGUCUUUGUGGUUGGUGGAGCUGGAACAGGAAAGAGCCAGAUUCUGAAGACGCUGCAUAGAACCUACUCGAACAUGAAGCUCAAGCCCGUGUGGAGCGACAUGAACCCGAAAGCCGUGACAACGGACGAGCUUUUCGGAUUCCUGCAUCCUGCUACACGGGAGUGGAAAGAUGGUCUCUUCUCGUCGACCAUGAGAGAGCUGUCUGCUUUAUCCCACGAUGGCCCAAAGUGGAUCGUGCUGGACGGCGACAUCGAUCCUAUGUGGAUAGAAUCACUCAACACUGUCAUGGAUGAUAACAAGGUGCUGACCCUGGCCAGUAAUGAACGCAUCUCUCUAACGCCCUCUAUGCGUCUGCUGUUUGAGAUCAGUCAUCUGAAGGCUGCCACCCCUGCAACUGUAUCCCGAGCAGGAAUCCUUUAUGUCAACCCACAGGACCUCGGGUGGAGCUCCUAUGUGACGAGUUGGAUUGACACGCGCCAGGCCCAAUCAGAGCGUGCGAAUCUGACCAUUUUGUUUGAUAAGUAUGUGCCCUACUGUUUAGAGCAGGUCAGGUGCAACUUAAAGACCAUCACACCUUUACCUGAGACAAGCAUGGUGGAGACACUGUGUUGCCUGCUGGACUGCUUGUUAACGGAUGAGAACACUCCCGCCGACUCUCCUCGGGAACUCUAUGAGAUCUACUUUGUGUUCGCCUGUGUGUGGGCAUUUGGAGGAGCUCUCUUUCAGGACCACCUUAGAGAUUAUCGUGGAGAGUUCAGCCGUUGGUGGAAUAAGGAGAUGCGGGCGGUGAAGUUCCCUUCUCAGGGAACUGUAUUUGAUUACUACGUCGACCCCAACACGAAGAAAUUCACUCCCUGGAGCGAUCGCACACCUCCGUAUGAGCUGGAGCCUGAUGUCCCACUGCAGAUGGUGCUGGUUCACUCGGCGGAGACGACCUGCCUGGCGUACUUUGUGGAGCUCCUCUUGGAGAAAGGCAAGCCGGUGAUGCUGGUGGGGAACGCAGGUGUGGGCAAGACCGUCCUCGUAUGGGACACCAUCUCCAAACACAGGGAUGAGUACAUGGUGGCCAAAGUACCCUUUAAUUAUUACACCACGUCAGCCAUGCUGCAACGUGUUUUGGAAAAGCCUCUGGAGAAGAGGGCAGGAAGGAACUUUGCUCCUCCCGGCACUAAGAAGCUGAUCUACUUUAUUGAUGAUCUAAACAUGCCGGAGGUGGACGCCUACGGAACAGUUCAGCCACACACACUCAUCAGACAACACCUGGAUUACUCUCAUUGGUAUGAUCGCCAGAGACUGUUGCUGAAGGAGAUUCAUAAUUGUCAGUACAUCACCUGUAUGAACCCAACAGGUGGAAGCUUCUCCGUCAACCCUCGGCUACAGAGGCAUUUCUCGGUUUUUGCAGUACAUUUCCCAGGUGCCGAGGCUCUGAGUACUAUCUACAGCAGCAUUCUGUCUGGUCACUUCCAGCAGGGGGGCUUCAGCUACGGAGUGAGCCGCUCGGUGGGCGCGCUCGUCCAGGCCUCCAUCUGCCUUCACCAGAAAAUGACUCAGAACUUCCUGCCUACUGCCAUCCGCUUUCACUACAUCUUCAACCUAAGGGACAUCUCCAACAUCUUCCAGGGGAUUCUUUUUGCCCAGCCUGAGACAGUGCGAUACCCCAUCGAGCUGGUGCACCUCUGGCUGCAUGAGUGUUCUCGUGUGUACUCUGAUAAACUGAUGGAGGAGAAGGAUGUUGAGCUUUUCAGUAAGAUCCUGUUGGACACUGGCAAAAGAUAUUUUGAGGGAAUAGAUGAGUCAAUCUUUAUCCACCAGCCUCUGAUCUAUUCGCACUUUGCCCACGGUGUUGGGGAGCCUCGUUACUCGCAGGUCAGUGACUGGGAGAAGCUGCAGAAAACAUUGACUGAUGCACUGGAGCACUACAACGAGCUGCAUGCCAACAUGAACCUGGUGCUGUUUGAGGAGGCCAUGCAGCACAUAUGUAGGAUCAGCCGUAUUCUGGAGUCUCCAGUGGGAAAUGCGCUGCUUAUUGGAGUAGGUGGCAGUGGGAAACAGAGUUUAUGUCACCUGGCUGCCUUCCUCAGCAUGCUUGAGGUCUUUCAGAUCACCUUGCGCAAAGGCUAUGGCAUUGGGGACCUGAGGAGUGAUAUAGCUGCUCUCUACAUUAAGGUGGGGGUCAAGAACAUUGGCACAGUUUUCCUGCACACGGAUGCUCAGAUUCCCGACGAACGUUUCUUAGUGCUGAUCAAUGACAUGCUCGCAUCUGGGGACAUCCCGGACCUGUUCACCGAGGAGGAGGUAGAUAUGAUUGUGGCGUCAAUCCGUCUGGAACUCCGAGGCCUCGGCAUGCUGGACACCCGAGAGAACUGCUGGAACUUUUUCAUCGACCGUAUACGCAGACAGCUGAAGGUGGUCCUGUGUUUCUCACCGGUGGGUUUCACUCUGCGCACACGAGCGCGAAAGUUUCCAGCUCUGGUGAACUGCACAGCCAUUGACUGGUUCCAUCCUUGGCCCCAGCAUGCAUUGCAAUCUGUCAGCAGAACCUUCAUUAGUAACAUCCAAGGCCUUGAGCCUGCAGUGAAGGUGUCUAUCAGCGAGUUCAUCUCAUAUGCACACACGAUCGUUAACGAAGUUAGCAUGAAGUACCAGCAGAACGAGAAACACUUCAACUACACCACACCGAAGAGCUUCCUAGAGUUCAUGAAGUUAUACAGCAACCUGCUGGCAACGAAAAGGAGUGAACUGACUCAGAAGAUGGAGCGUCUGGAGAACGGCCUGCAGAAACUUCUAAGCACGGCCUCCCAGGUGGAGGAUCUGAAGGCUAAGCUAGCGCUGCAGGAAGUGGAGCUGCAUCACAGGAACAGCGACACAGAGGCCCUUAUUGCUAUAAUAGGCCAGCAGACGGACAAGCUGAACCAGGAGAAGAGUGUCGCUGAUGCAGAGGAGCAGAGGGUAGCAGCGAUUCAGGCUGAGGUGACGAAGCAGCAGAAGGAGACUGAACAGGACCUGGCUAAAGCCGAACCAGCCUUACAGGCAGCCAACGCUGCUCUCAACACACUCAACAGGCUUAAUCUAACAGAGUUACGGACAUUCCCAAAUCCACCUGCGAUCGUGACCAACGUGUUGGCGGCUGUGCUGGUGCUGCUCGCUCCGAGCGCACGUGUUCCUAAAGAUCGCAGUUGGAAAGCCAGUAAAGUCAUCAUGAGCAAAGUAGAUGAUUUCCUGCAGGCACUGGUUAACUUUGAUAAAGAGCACGUUCCCGACGCUACGGUCCGAGUGCUGAGGGACGAGUAUCUGAGCGACCCAGACUUCAACCCGGAGUUUGUGCGUCUUAAGUCCUCGGCUGCAGCCGGACUGUGUGCCUGGGUUAUCAACAUCGUACGAUUUCAUGAGGUGUUCUGUGAGGUAGAGACAAAGAGAAUGUGUCUCUCUCAAGCCAGUGCUGAUCUGGUUGAAGCAGCAGAAAAACUGGAGAUCAUCAGGAAAAAACUCACAGAGUUGGACAGUAGCCUGGACACACUGACUGCAGCGUUUGAAAAGGCCACCUCUGAGAAGCUGCGCUGUCAAGAGGAGGUGAAUCGCACCAAUAAAACCAUCCAACUGGCCAACCGCCUAGUCAAGGGCCUGGAGUCAGAGAACGUCCGCUGGGCACACUCUGUAGCUCAGUACCGGGAGCAGGAAGCGACUCUCUGUGGAGAUGUUCUCCUCACGGCAGCCUUCAUCUCCUAUGCUGGUUCCUUUUCCAAAAGAUACAGACACGAGCUUGUGCACAGCCUCUGGAUGCCGUACCUACGUGCACAGAAGGUUACUGUUCCUAUGACCGAGGGUCUGGAUCCUAUCUCCAUGCUAACAGAUGAUGCUACGGUGGCAAAGUGGAACAAUGAGGGCUUGCCCGGUGAUGAGAUGUCUACCCAGAAUGCAACCAUCCUGUUGAACUGCGAGAGGUGGCCUCUGCUCAUUGACCCUCAACUGCAGGGCAUCAAGUGGCUCAAGAGUCGCUACGGCAGCAGCCUCUGGGUUGUUAAUUUGGGGCAGAAGGGGUACGUUGAUGUAAUCGAGCAGGCAGUAGUAACAGGAGAACCUGUAUUGAUCGAGAACCUAGAGGAGACUAUUGACCCAAUCAUUGAUCCAUUGCUGGGUCGCCACACCAUUAAAAAGGGCAGGUAUAUAAAGGUGGGGGAUAAGGAGUGUAUGUUCCACCCUAAGUUCCGGCUCAUUCUGCAUACUAAAAUGGCCAACCCGCACUAUAAGCCGGAGAUCCAGGCUCAGACCACGCUUAUUAACUUCACCGUGACUCGGGAUGGCCUGGAGGACCAGCUCCUCGCCGAGGUCGUAAACCUGGAAAGACCUGACCUCGAGCACCUCAAGUCCGAGUUGACGAAGCAGCAGAACACGUUUAAAAUCGAGCUGAAGCAGCUGGAGGACGAGCUGCUGACCCGACUCUCCGCCGCUGAAAGUAACUUCCUGGGCGACAACAUGCUGGUGGAGAAACUGGAAAGCACCAAACACACGGCCGCCGAGAUCGAGAUGAAGGUGUUAGAGGCGAAGGUCAAUGAGGUGAAGAUAAAUGAAGCUCGUGAGCACUACAGACCCGUGGCAGUACGAGCAUCUCUCCUCUACUUUAUCAUCAACGACCUCAACAAGAUCAACCCCAUGUAUCAGUUCUCCCUGAAGGCGUUCGACGUGGUUUUCCGCAAGGCGGUGCGGAACGCCGAGGCGUGCGCCGACGUUAAGACUCGCGUUAGCACGCUCAUCGACUGCAUCACCUUCUCCACCUUUAACUACAUCAACAGAGGCCUGUUCGAGAGAGACAAGCUCACGUUUACAGCUCAGCUCACGUUUCAGUUGUUACUGAUGAAUAAGGAGAUCGAUAUGCGAGAGCUGGAUUUCCUCUUGCGCUUCAAUAUUGACCACAGUUACAUCAGUCCUGUUGACUUCCUCUCCAACUCUGCUUGGAGCGCCAUUAAGACGAUGAGUUUCACAGACGAGUUCCGGGGGCUCGACCGAGACGUCGAGGGCUCUCCUAAACGCUGGAAGAAGGUGGUGGAGUCUGAGUGUCCUGAAAAAGAGAAGCUCCCACAGGAGUGGAAGAGCAAGAGCUCGCUCCAGAAGCUCAUCCUCAUGCGGGCUCUCCGGCCUGACCGCAUGACCUAUGCUCUCAGGAACUUUGUAGAGGAGAAGUUGGGUGUGCAGUACACUGAGAGCAGGAAGAUGGAGUUCGCAAGGUCGUUUAAGGAAAGUGGUCCGGCCUCUCCUGUGUUCUUCAUCCUGUCACCUGGAGUCGACCCGCUGAAAGACGUGGAGUCUCUCGGUAAGAAGCUCGGCUUCACUAUAGACCUCGGGAAGCUGCAUAACGUCUCUCUCGGCCAAGGCCAGGAGGCUGUAGCAGAGCUAGCCAUGGAGGAAGCUUCCCAAGAAGGUCACUGGGUUAUACUACAGAACAUCCACCUGGUUGCAAAGUGGCUAGGAAGUCUGGAGAAGCUUCUGGAACGAUGCUGCGAGAGCAGUCACCCGGACUACCGAGUGUUUAUGAGCGCAGAGCCAGCGGCCAGCCCUCAGGAGCACAUAAUUCCUCAAGGAAUUCUGGAAAAUUCCAUUAAGAUCACCAACGAGCCUCCGACCGGAAUGCUCGCUAACCUGCAUGCAGCACUGGACAAUUUUGACCAAGACAUCCUGGACCAGUGUUCUCGUGAGCAGGAGUUUAAGACCAUCCUGUUCUCCUUGUGUUAUUUCCACGCGUGCGUCGCAGAGAGGAGGAAGUUCGGCCCUCAAGGCUGGAACCGCAAAUAUCCGUUUAACACUGGAGACCUCACAAUUUCCGUGAACGUUCUCUACAACUAUCUGGAGGCCAACUCUCAGGUGCCGUGGGAAGAUCUGCGCUAUCUCUUCGGGGAGAUUAUGUACGGCGGACACAUCACCGACGACUGGGACAGGAGACUGUGUAGGACGUAUUUGGAGGAGUACAUGCAGCCCAACCAGUUUGACAGGAAGUUGGCUUUAGCUCCUGGCUUUGUCGUUCCCUCUAACCUGGACUAUGAGGGUUACCACGGCUUCAUAGACGAGAUGCUUCCCCACGAGAGCCCGGUGCAUUAUGGGCUUCACCCCAACGCUGAGAUUGAGUUCCUGACGGUGACCUCCGACAGCCUGUUCCACACCCUGCUCGAACUACAGACCAGAGACUCGUCCAUGGGCGAGGGAGCACCGCAGAGCACCGAGGAGAAGGUAAAGACGGUCUUGGAUGACAUUUUGGAGAAACUACCAGAGGAAUACAACAUGUCUGACCUCGUGUCCAAAACGGCCGAGCGCACGCCGUACAUCCUGGUGUGCUUCCAGGAGUGUGAGCGCAUGAACACGCUGGUCAACGAAAUACGACGUUCACUAAAAGAGCUGGACCUGGGGCUAAAGGGUGAGUUGGCGAUAUCUUCAGAGAUGGAGCAGCUACAGACAGCACUGUUCUUUGAUAAUGUUCCUGACACCUGGACUAGGCUCGCUUACCCCUCUACCUACACCCUGGCUCAGUGGUACAACGAUGUGUUGCUGCGCUGUCGCGAGCUGGACAGUUGGACUCAGGAUCUCUCUCUGCCGAGUGUCGUCUGGCUAUCGGGUCUUUUCAACCCCCAGUCUUUCCUCACAGCUGUGAUGCAGAGCUUGGCACGGAAGAACGAGUGGCCGCUCGAUAAGAUGACUCUAACAGUGGACGUGACAAAGAAAUUCAAGGAGGAGUUUAACCAGCCGGCCAGAGAGGGUGCUUAUGUCUACGGACUCUACAUGGAAGGUGCACGUUGGGAUAUCCAGAACGGGACGAUCACGGAGGCACGGCUGAAAGAACUCACCCCCAGCAUGCCUGUGAUCGCGGUGCGUGCCGUCCCGAACGACCGGCAGGAAACGCGCAACAUCUACGAGUGUCCCGUCUACAAGACCAAACUGAGAGCAAACACCUACGUCUGGACAUUUAACCUGAAAAGCAGAGAGAGACCGG